AUGGGCUCGUCUACCAUGUGGGCGGCGGCGGGCGGCGCCUUUACACUUGGCGUCGAGGGCGAGUGCAGGCUGCGGUGGGAGCGGUGGGAGUGGCUCGCGGGGGCGGCGAAGAGGCAGCGUGCGGCCAGCGCGGCGAGAAGAACAAGGUACGAGAGCAUGGUUCUUGUAAUUCAAGGACAAAGACAGAGGAGCUGUAAGAAUAUGUUACUUGCUGCUCCCUUUGGUUGGGCGAGUGGCCGUCAGCCUGGGACAUGGCUGCCGCGUUAG